GAUUCAAACAAAUUCGACGACUUCAACAAAAUGGACAACUCUGUGAAUCAAUUUAAAAAGUACAAAGAAUAUAAUGAUAACAAAAAAAUAAAACUCGAAGUUGAAAAUCAAGAUAAUAGAGUCGAUAUUGAUGGUGAUAAUUAUGUGAAAAGUGAUGAUGGAAAACUGAUGAAAUUGGAUAGAGAUGAUGUGGCGUGUGAGUGUCAACACGGCGGCGGGUGUGUGGGAAAUGUCUGCCUAUGUCCUUUGGGUUAUGCCGGUGACAAGUGUGAAAUCACUUUGGAUUUGAAGGUUGGUCUCUAUUUUAUUGUUUCUAAUAAGUUAACAACAGCAUUUUCUGGAAUAAGUAGCUUUUGAGAUAAAUAUUAUUUUUUACUUAUUUAAAGUUUGAAGUCGGUUCUAUUUUUUUUAAGGUUUUUUCAUGAUUUUUAGUGAUAGUGAUAUAUUUUCUGUUUUUAUUAGGUAGCACUAAAAAUAUUAAAUAUCUAUAUAAAUAAAAAAGGCCAAACAUUAAAACCUGUGUGAUUUAGCUGUAGUCGGAUUUAAUAUUUUAUACUUACAUAGUAUGAGUAGUCGUAUGGCACAACAGUUUGUUUUGUUAUGAUAAGUGGCAUACGACUACGUUGUCCUUUAGUUAUCGUUAUUAUAAUAUAGCUAUUGCUUUAAAAUAAAUUUCUUGUUUCAAACUUUUUAAAGCAUUAUUUAUCUGUAGUCGGAAUUUAGUUUUGAACAUAUUUUUUUUAUUUAAUUAAUUUCCGGGUGUAUUUAACAAAAUGACAAGCGAAAGUUGUCAAUUUAUUUUUGAAAUGUGCUAAUUAAGCCCUUUCAUUUAAUACUUUACACGGAAUGAUUGAAUAAUAUAUAUUUUAGUUUACUUACUUUACUUUAAGACGCUUCUAAUGAUACCUCAUUUGUCCACCUGAAAUAAGUAGUUUCGAAGUUAUAAGGAAACAGAUGAACAUUCUUAUAUACUUUCAUACAUACCGGCCAAAAUCAUAACCCUCUUUUUCGCUUCUGCCGUAGUCGGGUAAAAAUAUUCAAGUCUUAGAAAAGACGAUCUGGUUAAUUUGCUUGACAUAUUUUUUU